CCGGCUCGGAGCUCCGACGGUUGCGGCGGCGGCGGUGGCGGCGGCGGCGGCUGAGGCGCGGCCGUGCUGCUCCCCGAGCGAGCGGCCGCGGCGGCCCGGUCACCUGCCGGCCCGGGGCAAGGCCUCGCGGAAGCGGAAGAGGGGUGUGGACGCGGCCAGGGCGGCGGCGGCUGCAGCAGCGGCAGCGGCAGGAGGCAGACAACUGCGGUGGCCGCGGGAACUACUGGAGAGGCUGCCCAGGCCGAGGGGAACGCGCCCCCCCGGUGCCCCCGAUGAAGAUUCUGAAAUUGAAGAAGUUAAGUGACUUUGGCAGGGUCACACAGCUAUCCAGUUCCUCAGGUGUUUCAAGUACUUAAGGAGCUAACCUCAGCUCAGGACUUGAUCUACUUUACCAAUCUGCCUCAGGUUUUCAUGGAGAAUUGUUAUUGAAGAUGGAUCCAUUUGGUCAGAUAUAGUAUUAAAGAAUGAAGAAAGAAAAAAAUUCCUAAUUAGUGCUAAAGAAAUUACAAGUAAUUGUCACCUCAGCAAAUUUGCUAUUGAGCUGGUGGAGGACAACUGUUUCUUCUCAUACACCCAAAUUAGAAGGAUUAUGCUGUGCUAUGUUCAGCUAACCAGGAUCACCUUUCCUUGUUGACUAGUAGUCAUAAAAUUUUACAAUGGGUCUACGGAUUCACUUUGUUGUUGACCCACAUGGUUGGUGCUGCAUGGGUUUGAUUGUCUUUGUCUGGUUAUACAAUAUUGUCAUAAUUCCCAAAAUUGUCCUCUUUCCUCACUAUGAAGAAGGACAUAUCCCAGGCAUAUUAAUAAUAUUCUUCUAUGGUAUUGCCAUGUUUUGCUUGGUGGCCUUGGUGAGAGCCUCAAUAACUGAUCCAGGAAGACUUCCUGAAAAUCCAAAGAUUCCACAUGGAGAAAGGGAAUUUUGGGAAUUAUGUAAUAAAUGUAAUUUGAUGAGACCAAAGCGUUCCCAUCACUGCAGCCGAUGUGGUCACUGUGUAAGGAGAAUGGAUCAUCAUUGUCCAUGGAUUAAUAAUUGUGUUGGUGAAGAUAAUCAUUGGCUUUUUCUGCAACUAUGUUUCUACACCGAGCUUCUUACUUGCUACGCAUUGAUGUUUUCUUUCUGCCACUAUUACUACUUUCUACCGUUAAAAAAGCGUAACUUGAAUAUAAAGGAGUGUCAGUUGUCAGAUGUUUACAAUAUUUACAAUGAUCUCUUUUUAGUUAGACAUGAAUUGGCAAUAAUGAGACUAGCUGCUUUCAUGGGAAUAACUAUGUUAGUUGGAAUAACUGGACUCUUUUAUACACAACUAAUUGGCAUCAUCACUGACACAACAUCUAUUGAAAAGAUGUCAAAUUGUUGCGAAGAAAUAUCGAGGCCCCGAAAGCCAUGGCAGCAGACCUUCUCAGAAGUUUUUGGCACUCGUUGGAAGAUCCUGUGGUUCAUUCCUUUCAGGCAGAGGCAACCACUGAGAGUUCCCUACCACUUUGCCAAUCACGUCUAAACAGAUGGAUGGUGGGCACAGAUGGGUCCUCCAUGCUGGAAAUGCGUUACAGGUUUUAUGAUAAUAGAACUAUGACAGUCUUCAAGUCAAUUAAAAUCCACCCACCAAUCUUAGGCAUCAUAAUGUGCCCCAGGCUUUAUUUUAAUAGUGAUCUUGAUCCUGUUGUGGGACUGAUACAAGAUCUAUAUUUAAGUUUUAAAGCGUGUUUACUUUCAAAUUAGCUUUCUAUGGGGAUUUCUUUAAACUCAUUUGUUGUUAAACUCAAAAGGUAAUGAUUGAGAUGAACUUAUUGUACACAGUUUCUUUUAGUACAAACUAUUAGUAACUUUAUUUUGUGAAAAAUUAUGGAUAUUUACUUAAAUUCUACAUUUUCAAAUGGUAUGACCAGAUCUGAACUUCUUCAGAGUUAUUUUUUUAAAGCAUUCCUUCUAUGCAGAUUUUCUUUUCUAAUGUAAUUGUAAAUCUUUAAUGCUCCUUUUCUUUAUACAGCACGAUAUUAACUAUAUAGCAUAUCCCUGAAAACAGGCAGUGUAUUUUAUAAGAAGCAGAUUUCUUCCUAGUGGUCUCCAUAUUUUUCCUACUUCCUUCCCACAAAAAGGUCUUUUAAAGGAGACUUAAAAUUUUCAUCUUUUAAGUAUAACAUUUCAAAAAAAAAAUAACCCACACAUUUUUACUACAAAGAUUAUCACUCUUGUGUUGAUAAAAGAUGUUUAGGGCCAAGACCCAAAGGAAAUAUAUGACUAAUAGACAAAUUUUCCUGUUUUCCACUGAGAUUUGUUUUGCUCAUUUGUUUCUAGUAAUUUACAAUAAUUUCAUUUCCAGCUUUUCUCACAUUACAAUUCAUACAUUUGAAAAUGUCAAUUUAAUUUUAAUAUAUAAUAUAUAGUAUGUAAAGGAAUAUAUGUGUGCAAAAAUAGACUCCUAACUUUCAUCUUCUAAUAGAACUAGAAUUGCUUUUUGAGUGUUUCUAUUUAAGAAUAUUGAGCAGUGAAAUAUUUUUAAGGUGUUCUUUUAUGUAUAUUUACUGUUGUUGUAGAUAAGUAACCAGUUUCUGGCUGUUGCUAAACACAAUUUGGUUGGCUGACUGAAUUAUGGCUUAAAUAUUAUUUUGUGGUAACUGAGAUUCUUUCUUAUUGGAAAUGGCUACUGUUAUGAGAUGGUUUUCAUUAGGGAAAUUUAAUUGUUUGCAAUUUUUAUUCGCCUUUCUGAUUCCACCAAUCUAAAAUAUGAUUAUAAUAAUGGUAUAUUUGAGAGACAGAAUACAUGGGUUGAUAGGUUGCAUGUUUUGAGGAAUACAUUUGUUUUAAUAUAGCAUUCAGAACUUUUUUUUUAAUCACAUUAUUUGACUUACCUGUUUUCUUUCUAAUAUGUUGGUUUUUUGCUUUCUUUUAUCUUGUUGUUCAGAUAAUCCUACCCGGAAAAUCAUGAAAUAGAAAGUUGGCAUAGCCUGGAAAUUUUAUUAUAGACUUUGCUUUGAGAUGUUGUAUAUAACCUUUAAAAAUAUUCUGUAGUAAUAGAAUGAGAACCCAAAAAUAUUGGCACCAUGUUUUUAUGAUCUGAAUAUAGUGCUUUAAAAAAAUUAAAUGUUAAAAAGUAGCAAGUGAAGAUAUGUAUUGGUGCUUACAGGGUAUGUAGUUUAAUAUAAAAAAUAACCUUAUUGGGUUAUUGACCAAUUGCUAAGAUAUCACUUAUAAAACCUAUUUAAAUACAGAAUUCAUAUGAAACCAGGCAAAUAAUUAGGCUUCUCUAUAUUCUAUAUGCUAAAUAAGGUACUGAUUUAUAAUUGGACACUUGGAGAUAUGAAGCCAAUUUUAGCCAUCAUAAAUGUCAGUAGAACAGUUCUUUGUAAAGCAGGACCAUAAGGAAACAAUAGGUUCUUUUGGAGAGUAGAUAUUUAUGCUUUGUACACUGAAGGGAAUCUCCCUAGAGAGUGCCUAGAAGAGAGUUACCAUUCCCACUUCUAAAUUAAAGUGAAGAAGCCAAAGAAUCAUUGACUUCUCAAAGGACAAGGGUUCAGGCUGGUUGAGUUUGAGAUCCGGGUAAAGGAAGUAAGCACUGCUUAUAUUAUGUUCUAAAAUAGAAUUGAAAAUGCAAAAUGAAAGAUCUCUCACUCUUUCCUUCUUCUUUCUUAUUCUUCUGUCUGUAUAACCACACUACCCUGUGCUUAACACCAUCUCUGCUAGACCAUGGAAUAUAAGCCCAAGGACCAGGCAAGGGAUUACAUUAUUUAUUUCAGUACUAGAUAUAUUAUGUGUGUGUGUAUAUAUAUUAUAUAUAUGUAUGUAUAUGUAUAUAUAUGUAUAUGUAUGUAUAUAUGAGCAUAAAUAACACAUGCAAAUGUUUCAGUUUCAACAUUCCCAAAUUAUAUAGUUAACACACAUUUAUUUAUCCUUUGACUCUUGAUAUUCAUCUAUUAGAAGAAAUAACUUGAAUAGUCUGCUAGGUAGAG